AUGUUCGCCUCCCCGUGGGUCUGCAGGAGUUGUGCCCGGUCAUUGCUCACGCGCCGGACCGUAAAUCAAUUCGGCCGCCGCUUUGCCAGCAACGCCACCGCCGGCGCGGUCCCCCCGGUUCUUCUUGAGCGCGCCAAGCGCAUCACCACCGAACACUCCCAACUAAAGCUCUCCCUCGAGACGGGGUUUGACACCAAGACUGCCAGGCGCGUCGGCGAGACCCAAAGCGUUGCCAAUGCCUUGGCCGAAUGGGAGGAGGCCCAGCGUGCGGCGGACGAGCUGCGUGGCAUGGUGGGUGCCCGCGACGAGGACGCGGAGCUGCGGCAGCUGGCGCGCGACGAGCUCGAGGCCACCGAGGCCCGGCUCGAUGAGUUGGCCCAGGCUCUGUCCGCCUCCCUGACGCCCAAACACCCCUUUGGCGACAUGCCCUGCCUGCUCGAGAUGCGGCCGGGACCGGGCGGUCUGGAGGGCCGGUUCUUUACGGACUCGUUGUUCCGCAUGUACCAAAACUACUGCUCGCGCAACGGCCUCCGGGCGCGCGUCGUCAAGUACGAGACGCAGGACGCGAUUGGCGACACGGGCACGGACGGCGAGGCCGCUCUUCAGGAAGCCAUUCUUGAAAUCCAGGAUACGGGCGCCUACGACAUGUUCCGCGGUGAGGCGGGCAUCCACCGCGUGCAGCGGGUUCCGGCCACCGAGAGCAAAGGCCGCACACACACCAGCGCCGCUGCUGUCUGGGUCCUCCCGUCAUUUCCUGACUCACCCGACGCCGAUGGCCAAAACAACUACGACGAUCCGGAAAGCCUGUUUUACAUUUCACCGGCCGAUGUGCGCACCGAGACGAUGCGCGCGCGCGGCGCUGGCGGGCAGCACGUCAACAAGACGGAGUCGGCCAUUCGUCUGACGCAUGUGCCCACGGGGACUGUCGUGUCGAUGCAGGACUCGCGGUCGCAGCACGCGAACCGCGACGCCGCCUGGAAGAUCUUGCGAGCGCGCAUUGCUGAGAAGCGGCGCGAAGAGCGCGAGGCCGAGGCGCGACGCAUGCGGGACGCCGUCCUGGCCAAGUCCCAGGUGACACGGUCCGACAAAAUACGCACCUACAACUACAGCCAGGACCGUGUGACGGACCAUCGGUGCGGCCUGGACGUGCAUAACCUGCCGGACGUCAUGGACGGCGGCGAAACAUUGACGCGCGUCCUGGAGGCGGUUCGUGUCUGGCAGCGCGAGCGGGACAUUGAGGCCAUUCUAGCGGAAGAGGAGGCCCAGGCGGCGGACAAAGAGACGUCUCAGAAAACAAAGGGCAAGAAGUAA